CCAUGUAGAAAAAACAACUUUCUGUGCGCUGUUAGAAGUCCUGCUUGCGUCCCAGAGAUUUAGACCUUGUUUGGCCAAAAAAACAAGGAGUUAAAGUUGUUUGUUUUGUUUGUUUGUUUAGAAUAAAGAAGUUUGUGGGGUUGUCAGAAAAUUAGCCAAGAUGUCCAGUCAAGUCAGGCUGAGGCUGCUGCCCAGCGUCAGGUGUCUGUUCGAUGAGCCCGUCCAGGUGAAGGUGGCCGGGCUGAGGUCCAGGCAGGUGGUCACCGUGAGAGCCAGGUCCACAGAUGAGAGAGGAGUGGUGUUCAAUUCCUCUGCCAGCUACAGGGCCGAUGACAGAGGGGAGAUUGAACUGAACAGAGACGCCUCGCUCUGCGGGAGCUACGUCGGUGUUGAACCCAUGGGUCUGCUGAGGUCACUGAAGGCAGACGCUUUGCACACAUACUUCUAUAAGAACAGAGCGUUGGAGCCUUUCAUGGUGAACUUCUCUGUGCAUGAGGAGGAGGGCAGGAUGCUGGCAGAGGCGACCAAUGAGAGGUUUCUGAUGGGAGACGGGAUCAGGCGAGUUCCUGUUAAAGAAGGCAACGUUCAAGGAGUCCUGUUUACUCCUCCAGGAGAGGGUCCCUUUCCUGCGGUGUUGGAUCUGUGCACCUUCAUGUCAGAGAAAAGGGCCUCUCUGCUGGCCAACAAAGGCUUUGUAGUUCUUGCUUUACCCGUGUUCACUGAGAAACCCAACCUACAAAAGAUGAAUCUGGAUGACUUCGAAGAAGCGGUGCAGUUCUUACAAAACCAGCCUAAGGUGAACAGUAAAGGGGUUGGAAUAAUAUCCCGGUCAAAGGGGGCCGACGUUGCCCUUUCACUUGCUGCCUUUGUACCCGGAGUUGAAGCUGUGGUGUGGAUUAACGGCUGCAGCGCCAACGUUGGCAUUCCCCUCUACUAUAAGGGCCAUCAGAUCCUCUCACCAUUGAUGUUUAACUUCAGUAAGGUGAUACCCACCGAGUGUGGAGCCAACAUGAUCAAGCACGCUGUUGAAAACCCUCUGGCUGACGAGAACAAGAGCAGCAUCAUUCCCAUUGAGCGAGCAAAUAGUCAUUUCCUCUUCGUGGCGUCUGAGGAAGACCUCAACUGGGACAGCAGGGGCUACCUGGACGACAUGGUGGGGAGACUGAAGCGUCAUGGGAAGAAUAACUUCGAGAGCGUAACCUACCCUGCAGCUGGACAUUUACUGGAGCCACCUUACGGACCACACUGCCCCUCCGCUCUUCAUGGGAUGCUAAGGUUUCCAGUGGUGUGGGGCGGGGAGCCUCGAGCUCAUGCAGUGGCUGAAGUCCACCUGUGGACGAAGAUCCAGGAUUUCUUAAAAGCUCACCUGGGCUGCAAUUCUGCACAGACUGAAUCCAAACUAUAGACUUAAAUCUGUGGUCUCCAGAGCCAGUCUUUGAAGAUCAGUUUCCUCUAUGUUUUAGAAGUUGCCUGAAUCAAAUUAUUAGUUCAUCAAUCUUACUUCAGCAGAGCUUGGUGACUUGAUGAGAGGAAAUUCGGCUGUGAUGAGCAGGGGCACGUCUAAAACCCGCAGGGCAUCGGUCCUUAGCAGACUGGAAUUGGACAUUCCUCACCUAAAGAGUAACUCACCCCCAAAUAAUUUACAUUUUUGAUAAUAUUUUAUAGUACUGUC